UAAUAAAACUAAGUUUUGUUGGUAAAAUGUUUUAUUUUUUAUUUUCAUAGACAGAGUGGGUGUUUUUAAUGGAGCCCGUCCUGUAGGGGGCGAUAAAGAUCCGUCAGAGUUUAGUCACGCGCUGCCAAAUACGUAGAAGAAGAUGAAUGAGUCUGAAGUGGGAUAAAACUUCGUCAACAAGCCGCCAGUGAGCCGCUUCAGCCCGCGACUCUUUCUCCUAUCUUCGGACCGGUGGACGCUGUUUCACCGUAGCUGACGUUGGUAAAAAAGCUUCUUAUCUCGUCCCGCUGCGCCUCGGAACCGCAGGCUGAGCGUUUACUGUGGAAUUGGGUCACAACCGAGCGCGUCGGCUCUCACGUUGAGGAGGAACAUUUCCAUGCGGGCAGAUUAUCGGCGCGUCUAACAAAAGACCCGCUCUCCUCCUCUUCCUCACUCCGCCGCGCUCAGUCCGCGGUUCCGUUCGGACGCUCCACUUUGCCGUCUCGGAUGUAAUUUUUCGGUUUCCCUGCUUUUCUUUCAUUCCAGCGCAGAAGCGGAGCUCCGAGAUGCCGCUGCUCCACAGAAAAGCCUUCAUCCGACAGAAGCCUCCGGCGGACCUGCGGCCGGAUGAAGAAGUGUUUCUCUGUAAAAUCACCCACGAAAUCUUCCGGACCUACGAUGAGUUCUUUGAGAGGACCAUCCUCUGCAACAGCCUUGUGUGGAGCUGUGCGCUCACGGGGCGAGCGGGCCUCACGUACCUGGAGGCGGUGGAGAGCGAGCAGCGUGCGCGGCAGAGCCUGCGCAGCUUUCCCCGGGCGCUGCUGGUGCCCCUCCUCCACCUGGCUGCGCUGAGCCACCGCAGCCGGCUGGUGGAGCUCUGCGAGGACGUCUACGCCUUCGUCAAGGACCGCUUCUUCCCUGGAGAAGUGGUGGAGGUCAGCAGGCGCAACGGGGUCAGGCACAUGUGUGAGAUCCUGGAGGUGCACUCGCCGUACUCCAGCGCUAACGGAGUGGCGCCCGCCAACAGAGCGACGGGCACUAACGGCCACGCCAACCCAGCUCAGAUUGACACCAUCGUUAUCAGUGACAGCGAUGAAGAGGACGACGCGUUCCAGAGUCCCGUCGUGCACGCCAAAGGGAAAAAAAAACCUUUGAGUCCGUCUGUGUUCAAAUACACCGUGAGGAUGAUGAGCGAUGAACACAGCGAGCCUUUCACCGUCAAAGCCAAUCAGAUCAGUCGGAGGAAGUCCAUCCUGUCCAGAGAGAAGCUGAAGCUGCUCUACAAGCAGCACUGCGAGCCUCAGAGAGGCUUCAUCAUGCUGAAGGCCUCCACCGUGAAGAAGUUCCAGCUCUCCGAACAGAUCUUCUCCCAGUUCUUCCCCGAUGAGCCCCCCCAGUUCCCGUUCAGCUCUCCCUCCUCUAAUGGGGGAGCAUGCGCCUCACCUGGACAGGCGAGUCUGUCGCCUCUUCAAGCGAUGGAGGAGAAGCUGAAGCUGCUGCAGAAGAGGGAGGAGAUGGCCGCCGCCGCUCAGGACAAAGCUCGGCUAAAGAGGGAGCGGGAGGGGGCGCAGGAUGCCAAGAGGAGGGAGCGGGAGGACAAGGACAGGCUGAAGGAGGAGCAGAGGAAGAGGUUUGAGGAGGAGAAGCAGAGGAAGAAGGAGGAGAAGGAGCGCAGGAAGCUGGAAAAGGAGAGGGAGCGGGAGAAGCUGAAGGAGGAGAAGAAGAAGUACGCCCAGAGACUGAAGCUGCUGAGCAAACCCAGGGAGGACAUGGAGUGUGAGGACCUGAAGGAGCUGCCCAGUCCGGUUCCAGUGAGGACCCGGGUUCCGCCCAAUCUCUUUGGAGAAGCUCUGAUGGUUCUGGAGUUCUUGCGGGCUUUCGGCGAGGCUUUCGACCUGAAAGAUGAGUUCCCGGACGGCAUUACUCUGGAGGUUCUGGAGGAAGCUCUGGUUGGUUCUGAUCCGGAAGGUCCUCUGUGUGAGCUGCUGUUCUUCUUCCUGACGGCCAUCUUCCAGGCUCUGGAUGAGGAGCAGGAGGAGCUGAAGGAUCAGGCUGAAGACCUGCUGGGCCCGCUGGACGACGACUUGGACCCCACCCAGUCGGCGCUGAGCGCCGUGGCCUCGCUGGCGGCGGCCUGGCCUCAACUGCAUCAGGGCAGCUCCCUCAAACAGCUGGACCUGGACAGCUGCACGCUGUCAGAGAUCCUGCGGCUGCACAUCCUCGCCUCCGGGGCCGACAGUAACCAUGGCAACGCCAAGUUCCGCUACCAGAAGCAGGGCGGGUUCACGGUGAUGGACGACCCGUGCGUGGAGCUCCGAUUGGCCGAGCCGGCGCUGCUGAAGAAGCUGUCGUCCACCCCGGUGUACGACCUCACCGCCGAGGAGAAGCUGAAGAUCCUGAAGGCUCUGGUGGGGAAACUCCUAACGCUGGCGUCCAGCAGGGAUCUGAUAGAGGACUGUGUGGAGGAGCAGAAAGCCGUGAGGCAGGAGCUGAGGGAGAUCCGGGCGGAGCAGCACCGCAGAGGGAGGGAGGAGGCCGCGCACAGGGUUCGUCUGCGAAAGGAGGAGAAGCUGAGAGAGCAGGAGCUGAGGAUGAAGGAGAAGGAGGAGAAACUCAGGGAGCAGGAGGCCAUGGAGCGCCUUCCAACAAACGGUGAAACGACUGCAGGACGUGCGGCUGAGGAUUACAACGGAGAGCGUCCUCCAUCCUGUAAAAAGGAGACGAAAGCUGAAGGAGAAAACUAUCAGCAGAUGAGUGUGGAGAACAAACCUCUUCCUCCUCCUCCCACUCUGAGUAAAGAGGAGCUGGAGAAGGAGCAGGAGAAGGUCCGAGAGCUGCAGGAGCGGAUCCAGAAGGCGGCAGCCUGCACCUGCCUGCUGCCGCUGGGCCGCGACCGCCUGUACCGCCGGUACUGGAUCCUCCCCUCAGGCUCCGCCCUCUUUGUGGAGGACGACUCUUUUGGUCUGACUGAAGACAUGCUGCGGCCGCGACCGAAGCCGAGCGAGGACGGUGAAGAAGGGACCACAGAGAGCACCGCUUCAAGCCCCGCCCCUUCAUUCGGCGACACGCUGCCGGUGAACCGGCCGAACGUCUGGUCCUUCUACAGCUCGAUGGAGGAGGUGGAUCGGCUGAUUGAGGCUCUGAACCCUCGGGGUCACAGGGAGAGCAGCCUGAAGGAGGCGCUGCUGCAGGACCGGGAGCGUCUGCAGCAGCUGCUGAGCACCUGCGACUGCAGCAAGUACACCUGCACAGGUGAGCCAGAGGCGUCCAGAACCGGUCCGGACGGUUCUGCUGCAGCCGAGUCGGUGAUGGAGGGCAGACUGAGAGACCUGCUGCUGGACCUGGAGGACCGCGUCCACCAGGGGACUCUGGGAAGCCUGAAGGUCCCGGACAGACAGGUGUGGCGCGUGGCGCUGGAAACGGGAAACUACGAGCUGCUGGGCGCCGACGGCAGAGAGAGCGUGAAGGUGAACGGGCAGGUGGAGGCCAUGGAGGUGGAGUCUGCACACCUGAGAUCCAGAGACAGGCUGCAGGAGCUGAGGGCGGACGGGCCGGCCUCGUGUGGGAUCAGCGGCAGCGGCACCCCUCAGGUGGUCAGCAGCUCGGUUCGAAUCCUGUCCCAGGCUCUCGCCGACAUCGAGCAAGGCAUCGAGCGGCGCUUCCUCAAACCCCCUCUGGGAGAAGAAGACUCCAAGAAAGAUCACAAGAUGAAGAAGAACAAGAAGAAGGAGGAGGACCAGGCCAGCGACGACAGGGGCAGCGACAGCGGCCGGGUGGUGAAGACGGUGCUGGAGCGCUGGAGGGAUUCUCUGCAGGCCUGCAGCAGCUUGUCUCAGGUGUUCGUCCACAUGUCCAGCCUGGAGCGGAGCAUCAUGUGGUCGCGCUCCAUCCUCAACGCUCGCUGCCGCAUCUGCAGACGCAAAGGAGACGCCGACAACAUGCUGCUGUGUGACGGCUGCGAGCGAGGACACCACACCCACUGCCUGAGGCCCCGCCUUAAGUCUGUUCCAGAAGGAGACUGGUUCUGUCCCGACUGCCGACCCAAACAGCGUUCUAGCCGCAUCCCGUCUAGACAAAGAUCCUCUAUUGAUGAGGAGGAGGAAGAAAGCGAGGAAGAGGAGGAGGAAGAUGAUUCUGAGGAGGAAGAAGAUUCUGAGGAUGAAGAAGACGAUGAGGAAGAAGAAGAGGAAGUGGUUGAAAGUUCCAGGAAGAGCCAAGCUCCGCCCCCCAAAGGCAAGUCCCAAUCAGCCCCUUCCAAAGUGCAGCAGACCACACCCAAAAACAGCUCGGCGCCAUCAGGGAAAACCUCUAACUCCUCAGGGAAAAAGGCCACACCCCCUAAGGCGAAGUCCAGCACGAGCAAAGCUCCGCCCCGCUCGGGGAGAAGCAGUGCACGUCUGAGUCAUGAGAACUCCACCCCAACAAGCAAAGCCAAAGCGUCCCCUGGCCAGAGCGACAGCCACAAAAAGUCACCGACAGACUCCGCCCCACCCAAGCCCUCCAGAGCCAUCCUCUCGCCAUCAGACCAGUCCUCGUCCAGCCGGCGGUCCUCCGGCAGGAACCAGGGAGUCCACGAGCUGUCGGCGUGUGAGCAGCUGACCGUGGAGCUGGUCCGGCACGAGGACAGCUGGCCCUUCAUGAAGCUGGUGUCCAAAACCCAGGUUCCUGACUACUACGACAUCAUCAAGAAGCCCAUCGCCCUGAGCACCAUCAGAGAGAAGGUCAACAACUGCCAGUAUCAGAGCACAAGUGAAUUCAUCUGCGACGUGGAGCUGAUGUUCUCCAACUGUCUGCAGUACAACCCCCGACACACCAACGAGGCCAAGGCCGGCGUGCGCCUGCAGCAGUUCUUCCACGCCCAGCUCAGCGCACUCGGCCUAUUGGAGCGCAGCUCCGCCCCGCCCAGCAAGCGUCCUCGCCACUGAACCGCCGCCCCUCAAUGUGUGGGGGCCACUCUUUUUGGACUUCUGAUGUUACUAAGGUCACUAAGCUCCACCCCUUUACCUGUUGGAAGGUCAGUUUUAAAGGAGUUCUACAGCUCGCCAUGUGGGCUGAUGGUGGACACACGAGGCCCGGGUGCGCUGCAGAACCGGUAGAACCUCAGAUGGUUCUGCUGGUGUCUCCCAAAAAAAAAAACACUGAAGAACAUUUGCACUGAAGCCACCUGAAGCUGUGCAGUGGCAGGUGUUCACUCAGAGAACGACCGUCCAUGUGAUGGAGGAAGUUUACACAAAACACCGCCAAAAUAAGAGCUUCUAUACAAAAGCUAUGACCAAUGCUUCCACUGUACUGAGCCAGAUGGUCACAUGACCAGAGGAGCACCAUGUGGUCACAUGACCAGCUCCAGCUGAGCUGCUGCAUUCAGGCCCAGUCUCAAGAGGUCUGGUUCUGUUUCAUAUCUCAGGUUCUAUCCAGAUCUCAUCCUUUUACCUGCUCAGCAGCUUCAAUUUAAAAUGUCGUCCAACUUUUUAACACGAGUACUUCUUGAUGCUGUUAAGACAAUUGUAGAAUUUAUAUAUUUUUCAAGAAAAUCUGUUGUUGUUUUUUUGUACUCAGGUUCUUUUUUGGUGUUCUGUUAAACCGUUUAACUACAUAAACCCAAACAUCGCGUCUCAUCGUCAGCCGUAUAUCUGUGCAUACAUUCAUAAAUUCCCGUUUUCACAUCACUCUACAAAUACUACACAAAUUUGUCCAAAAAUGUAUUCCUGAAAAGUUUCAAGAGGAACCCUCAGAACCUCUGAGGUGACGCGUCCAGGUGGGUCGGCAGUCGUAGAAUACAGGCAGGUGAAGUUAAAGUCCCGCCCCUUCCCGCUUUUAUUUUUUUGGCUCUGAUUAGUCUUUCGCAGAAUUGUCUUCCUGAUGCAAAUUUUUUGUGUUUUGCGGUUGGACGUCAGUUGUAGACACUACACUGGAGCCGCCCCCCCCCCUCAUUCCUCUUAUUUAUUUAGCUGUAGCCCAUCUUUGGGUUUAUUUAUGCCUUCCGCUUCCUCUCAGUUCCACCUGUUUUUGUUUUGAUGUUAAAAUAAAAAUUAGUUUUUGUACCUGCA